UUUCGCCAAUUGAACCAAACCAGGGUAUUACUGCGCUGGGCAAAGCCCAAACUCAGCAAGCCGUUAUUCCGCCCUGUUUCUAGCCGCGUACGGGCGUAAAACUGCCUUCUACCCUUAAACCUUAAACCUUAACCGGCUAUCACUACGCCCUAUCCUCGCGACCAGUAAAAGAACCACUAGCAUUAGCAUAAAGGUUUGUUAUGGAUUUUGACGACAUAGAAGCGCCGGUCAAAGCCACUUCUCGAGUUUCAAGAUUCGCGCCAAAAGCAUCCAAACUCAAACCUAAAACAGAACAAGUACUCGUUCCCAAAUCCGAACCACCGUCAUUCGCCUCCACGAAAGUAGAGCCGCGGGAAAUUGACUUAACUACGGUGCCGACUAAUGGUACUGUCAAAAUUGACGCCGAAUCCAAGUAUGAAGCAAAAUUGGAUUCCAUGGAUGUUGAAAUGACAGAGCCUGAAAUUCAAGAGGAUUCAACACAUGCCGAUCCAAUGGAAGAAGACGAAGAAGAGGACACAGUUGUUCGCGAAAUUGAUGUAUACUUCUCACCUUCCAUCAAUGGCGGCACUAAGUUGUAUGUUAUGCAAUUUCCUUUGAGACCUUCUUGGCGACCUUACGAAUUUGAUGAACGAUGUGAAGAGGUUAGAUUGAAAUCUGAAAGUUCAGAAGUAGAGGUCGAUUUAUCUGUUGAUUUGGAGUCAAGUAAUAUUGACAGGGAUUUUUCCAAUAAACUCAAUUACACGAAGGAGACUCUAUCAACCACAUGGAAGCCACCACCUGCUAACGGCUGUGCUGUUGGGCUUCUUAUGGGAGAUAAGUUGCACCUUCACCCAGUUCAUGCAGUUGUGCAGCUCCGACCAUCAAGACAUUAUCUUGAUUCUGGUGGCUCAGAAAAGAAGAAUGCUGCUACAUCAAAGAAGCAGAAUAAGCCAAUGAAUUCUUCAACUGAGCAAAAGAGUGAAGAAGAUCAGUGUUGGAUUCCUCUUAAGUACCAUGGUUGCAAGAGUGAUAUCUCAUCAAGAUAUUUUCAGCAAAUGGUGUCACAAGAAAGUUCUCCCAUAAACUUUGAAAUGAACACGUAUGACUACAUUGCUACACUUUGUCCUGGAGUCAGCAGUAACACUGCCAAAGGUCCUUCUAAAAGGUAUCUUCUAUCAUUGCCGGUGGAAAAGCGUCUUGAGACAUUGCUUAUUGAGGGCCCUCCGCUUCAUCGUUUUAGUGCUAUCAAGCACUUUGCUCCUGAAUGCUCUGACGACGAACUGCUGAGUUUUCUGCAGCAACAUGCACAAUUGCUGCGGGGAUACUGGAUUCCAAAAGGUAGAUUGCUUUAUCCUAAUGGCGGUCUAGAGUUGCUGGCACGGAAUUAUGUCAUAGUAAUGUUUCACAAGAGUUUGAAAUAUAUGAAUGAUGAUUUGAGAAGACUCGGUAGACUUGCUAAUCUCGUGAGAACCGCUCUGACGCAAUUUGCUUCAGAAAAAUUUGAUCUAAAAGACAAAGUUUCGUAUUGGAAGUUCAAAGAGCUUCCAAAUGAGUCCUUUAUAAAAGAAUUUCCAAAUAUUGUUAAACAACAAGAAGAAGUUUGUAAGAUUUUGGAGCAAGAGGUAUCUGCUGUUGUGGAUAGUGGUGGAAAACACAGAUCAAAUAGAAGCGCUGUAACAAACAGUGGUGUCACUGCCAACAGUGCUCUUGUUAGAUCAACAAACCCUGAUCCACCUGUAACAAGUUUGGGGGAAUUGCCUCCUCGGGAGAUGGCCAUGUCAAGUGAAACUCGUCAUGCUCUGCCAGUGGCCCUCAAGAAACUUUUUCAGACUCAUAAAGUUUGCAGCUUCCAAUUGAUAUUCCAAGAAUUGCGUGGAUUGGCACUUGCCCAAACAAUGCUUCCAAAGGGAGGUUCUAAAAUUGCCGUGGAUGCAGCUCAUAGUCUUGAUGUUCCACAAGACGAGCUGAAGGCUGUCUUGGGUGAUGUUGCAUGCGACAUUAAUGGUUGUUAUGUGUUAAAAUCAUCACAAGAUGAGCCAUUCAGAGAUGUUGUAAUCGAAAUGCUUCGAGGAGUUGGACCCAAUGGCAAGCUAAAGAAGGCUGAGAUAAUGGAAGCUGCUAAGAAAAAACUCGGUAGGGAGAUCCCUAGCGGUGAAUAUUCCAAGGCAAUGAAUGAAUUGUGUGUCUCAAAAAAUUCUCACUGGGUCUUGAAAAGCGGCGAUGGAAGCAAGCAAUGAUUCAAAGGCCAACUGAUUGUUUCAGCAGAAGUUUCAUUAUCCUACUAACAUAUUUUCCCUCCUUUUUAUUAACUGAUCUAGCGUUUAUUGGUGAUAGACUUAUUCAAAUAUACCUUAGGAACUGGAUUUAUAAAUUUUCUUGAGAAUGUUUUUGACCCUUGAUGAUAGUCAUUAUAAUUUCGUAUACUUGAGCUUAUGUUGAAGUACAAUAAUUUGUUCCCUUUUCCCCAUCAUAUUUGAUAUGGAAAGCGAUAGUGUAUAAAUUAAUUAUGCAUGCUCAGCAGAUUUCUGUUGUAUGAGCACAUCUGAUAAUAGUUAUGUGGGUCUCAAUUUUUGCUUA